UGGGACAACAUUUUGUCUACCUUUUUAAAAAGCAUAUAUAUAUAUAUUAGAUACACACGAACGAGGACAAAAUGUUAAAAUAUAGCAUAUAGAUUGCAGCAAAAUCGGCGCGCCAUCAGUGGCACACUAGCUACCUUAUGCCGCUAGACCCGAUCGCUAUUCAUCAGCUCUGGGUUCAACAAGCCACAAUCGCACUCAAAAUCAAUUGAUCCACAACUAAUCGAUGUAGUAUCUGAACCAAUCACAGUUGACAACGAGUCCAGAGCGCGGUCAAAUGUAACAGUGAUAAAAUCGAGGCCAGAAGUGCCAAAUACCAGGCGGGGGAGCCCCUUUCUCACCACACCAAAAGCAGCAUCGCUUUGCCUCAUUGAAAGGAAAGGGAGGAGAGAAAUGCAGAGGGAUGUAAGAUGGCAGAACUACAAAUGUUGCUAGAGGAAGAAAUUCCGGCCGGUAAACGAGCGCUUGUGGAAAGCUACCAAAAUCUAUCGAGGGUUGCAGAAUACUGUGAAAACAAUUAUGUACAGGCCCAGGACAAGAGGAAAGCUCUGGAGGAGACGAAAGCCUACACCACCCAGUCCCUGGCCAGCGUGGCCUACCAGAUCAAUGCCUUAGCCAACAACGUGCUGCAGCUGCUGGACAUCCAGGCCUCGCAGCUGCGCCGGAUGGAGUCCUCCAUCAACCACAUCUCUCAGACGGUGGACAUACACAAGGAGAAGGUGGCGAGGCGAGAGAUUGGCAUCCUGACCACCAAUAAGAACACGUCGCGCACGCACAAGAUCAUUGCCCCCGGCAACAUUGAGCGGCCGGUCCGGUACAUCAGGAAGCCCAUCGACUACACACUGCUGGACGACGUGGGCCACGGUGUCAAAUGGCUUAAAGCCAAGCAACAAGGCAACAACCAACCAACGAGGGGAGGAGGAGGAGGGACAUUAUCCAGGACCAAUCCGCCCACACAGAAGCCCCCAAGCCCGCCCAUGGCUGGACGUGGAACUCUUGGGCGAAACACCUCCUAUAAGACCCUGGAGCCAGUCAAGCCGCCAACAGUCCCCAACGACUACAUGACCAGCCCUGCCCGACUAGGCAGUCAGCACAGCCCUGCACGCACAGCCUCCCUCAACCAGAGACCCAGAACACAUAGUGGCAGCAGUGGGGGUAGCGGGGGGCGAGAGAACAGCGGUGGCAGCAGCAUUAGUGUUCCUCUGGCCGUGCCCACGCCCUCCCCUCCCAGCCUGGGACCAGCAGCGGCCCACCAAGGCCCAGGCCUGGGUCCCAUCCCUAUGGCCCAGUUUGGCACCAUCUCACGACAGGUCUCCCGCCACAACUCAGCCACUUCCUCAGCCUCCAUGGUGUCGGCCACGGGUACCUACCGCCGGGCGCCCUCCGGCAGCUCCCAUUUCUCCAUGUCCCAGCAGCCCCACCUCAACGGGGGCCCUGCCUACCCCCAGAACUCAGUGUCUGUAGCUCCUCCUCCUCCUCCUCCUAUGGUCCAGCUGACACCUCAGAUCCCUCUGACCGGCUUUGUGGCCAGAGUUCAGGAGACCAUUACAGACGACCCGGUCCCCCCUCCACCGCCCCCUCCCGAGGACGUGGUCAUGUUUGACGAGCCCUCGCCCCCUCCCCCGCCCCCGCCCGUGGACUACCAGGGGGAUGAGGAGGCGGCCGUAGUGCACUACAAUGACCCCUACUCUGACAGAGACCCCCACUGGGCCCCCAAGGCCUACGCUGAGAAAGUGGUGGCCAUUUAUGACUACUCCAAGGACAAGGAGGACGAGCUGUCCUUCAUGGAGGGCUCCAUCAUCUACAUCAUCAAGAAGAACGAUGAUGGCUGGUACGAGGGCGUCUGCAACGGCGUCACCGGCCUCUUCCCCGGCAACUACGUAGAAUCCAUCAUGCACUACACAGACUAAGGGCGGCCAUUUUGAAUGAGAAAAAAAUGCCAAGAUGUUACCAAAAAAAACAACCAUUUUGAAUCAAGUGUUGUGUUUAGUAUUUGAAACGACAAGGUAGGUUUUAGUAAGAUGUUGGCUUUUUUUUUGGGGGGGGGCAACUCUUAU